AUGUCGUAUCUGGUCUGUGGAAUGAUCGAGUAUCUGAUGGAGCAGAGAAGCGACAUAGAGGCAGAUCUCAAGUCAAUAGGAUACGAAGUCGGAAUAAAGCUUCUCGAGCUGUGUAACUUCGAAAGGGAGGUACGCAUUUCAACACUGCUCUAUAGAGCUACAUUCGACCUUCUGUCCUUGGUCAGCGACAGCGACAGGCGGGUUGAAAAGGCCAGGGACGUCGACAGGACCUACCUCCUCACAGACUCCGACGGACUCUUUUCAAGGUUCAUAUCCGUUCCAGACGAGUGGAAUGGGUUGUCUGCAGACUCGAUCGUCUGUGGAAUGAUACAAGCUGCUCUGAUGGCUUCUGGAUACGACUCCGAGGUCACGGCAUUUCCAGAGCCCUCAGAGAACCUCCCGAACAGGGUCAUCUUCCAGAUAAGGAUAUUGGACCUGUGA